AUGUUUAUGCAACCCAGAUUUUUUAAUGAGUUCUUGAUAAAAUCAGGAUUUGACACUCAAGUUUAUGAUGCUAUGAAAAGCGAUGAUUUAGCUGAUGUUGUUAUAGUAGCACUUAAUAUUCUCAAAAAAACCAAUAAUCUUCCAGACAUACCAAAAUUAAACAAAUGUGAAAAUUUGUCGAAUACACUUCGAGAAACAGGAAAUAAAUGUCUUCCAACUAUGGAUUAUAAAUCUGCAUUACACUGCUAUAACAAAGCACUUGCAUGUGCACCAAAUAAUUCUAAGGCAAUGGCGUUAGCUUACAGUAACAGAUCGUUUAUUAUGUUUAUAUUAAAACGGUUCCAAAAUUGUAUAACAGAUAUAGACCGUUGUUUCUCAACAGGUUGUCCAGAUUUUAUUAAGCAAAAGCUACUUAAAAGAAGAGAAGAUGCAACUAAAUUUGCACACAUGGAUUCACUCUCAUUAAGUCCUCUUAAAGUCUUUACUAAUAAUUUUUUUAGUUUUAAUGCUGUUUGUCAUACAGAUGUACCAUUUGUUUCUAAAGAUAUUAAUAUUGCAGUAGAGUUUUUACAACCAAAAAUUACUGCUGCUAAUUUUAUUAACAGUGGUACAAUAAUUGCUAUGGAAGAAGCAUAUAUGACGGUGUUAACAGCAGAGAACCAAUUUAAUACCUGUUAUGAUUGUCUCUCUAUAACACCUAAUUUGAUACCUUGUAACACCUGUUGUUCUGUAUUAUUCUGCAGUGAAAAAUGUAAGCAAAAUUGCAAUGAGCAAUACCAUAAAUAUGAGUGUGAAAUUAUAAAUGUAAGAGAAAAGUUUUGUAAAGGCGGAGGACCAAAUUUGAUGAUUAAGUCAGUUUUAAAGCUGAAAACUAAAUUAAAAUGGAAUCAAUUUAUUAAAGAAUCUAAAACAUUGGGAAACAGUCGAAUUGAACAAAGUACUAUCAGGGAAGUAUUUAAUUCUGCAAGUGAUUGUUCAUUGCUAACAUUUCCUGAAAAUAGAACAUUUGUUCACGGUAUUAUUUACAAUGCAAGCUUUGUAUGUGCAGCUUUACUGCAUUAUGUCUUAAAAAUUCCAAGGUUUAUGCCCACAUCAAACAAAGAUGAAGCUCUCAGAGCUUUAGCACGGCUAAUGAUGUAUUUAUGUGUUAAUGGUUCACGAAGUUAUGUGAUUCAGGCUGUAACUGAUUUAGUAAGCAACCAGAUAAAACCCCAACAACAUGAAAAUUUUGCUUCGUACAUAUUUUAUUCAAAGCUAAAGCAUGAAUGCAAACCAAAUGUUAUUGUCUCAUGGAUAAACAAUAAAGCAGUAUUAAUUGCUGUAAAGAAAAUUAUGCCUGGAGAAGAAAUAACUACUUCAAAUAUUGAACCAACAUCUGGAAUGCUACAGCAUCAUGUAAAUAUAAACCUACUUGUGGGCACAGGAAAGGUUUGCACAUGCAGUAAAUGCACAAAAAAAGAUUCUAAGAAUGAUACCCUGUCUGGCGCUCAAAUAGAAUUCAUUAAACAAGUUGGGUUAAAUUUGUCGGAAACAAAUAUUGAUAUAUGGGCCAUUAAUAAAGUAUUCGAAAAAUGCAAAGAAAUACUGGAUGAUUUAAGUGAUGUACCAAAUUCUAAUGAGUAUCUAAUUACUUUGUCCCAAUUUCGAAAAUGUCUUACUGUCUGUGAAGCUUUGAAAACUGAAAAUAUUCUAUAA